AUGUCAUUUCAAUUUCCUCAAGCUUGGGGUUCUAAUCAUGAUUCAACCGAUAGUAAAGACCACCUGAAGAUUGAAAAGUCGGAGUUGCAGCGCCGAAGAGCAGAGAAAAUUUUGAAGUCUACAAAUAAGCUUUCAUUUGCUGGAUCGUUCUUUACCGGGAGAACUGGUAACUCAUUGGCAAGUUCUUCUAGCCAAUUCAUGAAGACCAAUCGACAAGGAGAAUCGUCUAAUGGCAGAUUAGUUCAUCCUCCUUUAAAUUCAUCUUCUCCUCUUCUCUUUGCGUCUGGUUGCGUGACAAAUAUGAUUGAAAAAGAUAACAGUACACCACCAAUAUAUGAUAUUCUCUCAAAAUAUGCCGUUGACAAUUAUAAUUACAAGCCAAAUAUCACUUUAGGUCCAUUUUCUCGUUUUGAGAAGGCUGAAAUUUAUAAUAUCCCGGAUUCAAUUUUUCGAAAGUACAAAAGCUUUGAUUGUAUCACGAAUAUGGGUGUUUUUCCUGAACUUCAGAGAGCAUGGUUAGCUAUUGAUGACAAACUGAUUAUUUGGAAUUAUUCAGCCUCCUCAGCACCAUCAUCGGAUCUAGAAUAUUACACUAUGGAUGACUUUAAAAGUACCAUUCUUGAUGUCAGGUUAAUGAAACCAAAAACAAAUGUCUUCGUAAAUACAGUGAAAUAUAUCAUAUUAGUUUCCACUGUAUCGCACAUUCGUAUUCUUGCAGUACAGACAUCGAAAGAACAUGUUGAUAUCUCGGAUACGAAAAUGUCAGUUUCGACUCAAGGCUUGCUGGCUAACAAGUUUGUUUGCUAUGAUCGUACAGGUGAAGUAUUUUUUACUGGUGCAGGAGAUAAUGAAGGGAUUUGGAAAUUAAAAUACACCAGUGAUGACGAGUGGUUUAGCAGGAAUUGCUCUAAGGAAUGCCUUACAAAAUCAAGUAUGUCAACUGUUCUGCCCUCAGUGUUAUCAAACUUCACCAGUUUUCUUGGUGGCUCUUCUGAUAUAACGUCUAAGGCAGAGUCAAUAAUUGAACUCAAAUUAGAUCAAUCCCGUGGAAUUUUAUACACGUUAUCAUCGAAAUCAAUUAUUAAGGCCUAUAGGCUGCGAACUACAAAGGGCAUGACAACUUUGGGCUACAAAAUUACAAAGCGGCCAUUUGAUUUGUUAAAAGAACUAUCAACUACAACAGUGAAUUUAAAGACGCCAUUGUUAGCACGCAAUAAAAUCAAAAUUGUCAAUAUUUUCCCUAUAUCGAAGGACGAGAAUAGAAACUUAUUUUUGGUCGCAGUAACAAGUUCUGGAUGCAGAAUAUACUUGAAUGGAAGCACUAUGUAUGGUGAUAGGUUAACAUUAACGGCAAAUCAAACCAAAUUUCCUCCCCCAGAUGCUAAGUUUUAUGAUGAGGCAGAAAAGAAAAAGCAAGAACAACUACUGCGAGAACAAAGCUUUAUGGGAUCCAAUUCGGCUCCAUUAUCGUCCACUUCAAAAUCAUCAAUUACAAAGAAUCCAGUGAAUAAUACAAUGACUGUUCAAGACUUAAAGCAAGCCCAAGAAACGUCGCAACUUCUUGAUGAACUCUCUAAAUGUCUGAUUAUUUCACCCGGAAUAUUUAUUGGUAUUGCGAAGGGAAAGAGGUUGUUUACUUCUGUUCCAGAUUAUGGUAUUUUGAAAAGUGCUUCGCAAUAUAUCGAGGACUUCGAACUCCAUGAUGUUUUCGAGAGAAUUCAUUCAAUUGUUCAAUUGACACCUAGUUUUAAUGCCACAAACACUCCGGAAGGAUAUUGCAAUGAGUUUGCAUCACAGUACACUGGUUUGCCUCUUGAAUUUGCAGUUCUAACCGGUACAGGAAUUCAUGUUUACAGAUACAGAACGCCAGAUCUUAUUCUUAAUGAUUCCCUAAAUGAUUUGACUUUCUCUGAAUUUUCCAAAAAGUAUGGCACUGAAGAGGCAUGUUCAUCUUCAUUAUACUUAGCUUGUAAGUAUGGCAAAUCCGAUAGCUUCAGAAAUCUGGCAACUAAGUAUUUUGUUUCUGGUGGUAAGAAUGCUAAAUUGACCAAAAAGGUACAACCUUCAGUUAACGACGUUGAAAUGAGUGAUAAGUUGCUGGCCUUAAUUAUUUUAGUGUCAAGACUUGUUCGAACAUUUUGGGGAAGAGUUGUUUUUAAAUUAAAGCCAGAAGUUAAAUUCAAUAGGGAUGGUUACAUCAAUGUCGAAUCUAUUAGGAAAAUGAAAAGCAAUAAAGUUAUUUUAGAUGGUCUCAAUCUUACAAAGAAACAGCUUGAGUACUUUCUUUGCUCUAUUCUUAUUCUGGUUAAGUUUUUUGAUGAAAAUAAGAAAUUUCUUCCUGCUCUUUCUUCUUAUGGUCAUUCCAUAGAUUCCUCUAUAUGGAAGGAAAAAGAGUCGGAAGUUUGUUUGCAGGCAGAGAAUAUGGGUUUCGAGGCGAUGAUUAAGAUGCUAAAUACCGUUAAAGAGGGGCUCUCGUUCUUGACGAUUUUGGUGAGUGAUGAUUCCGGAGCGAAAUCAUUUGAAGAUUUAAUUCAUUACCUCCCUUUGCAAUCUCAGGUUGACCUAAGCUGUCUAACAUUUAGUGAAUUUUUUGCUUCCUCUGAUCCCUAUGUUUCCCGACUACUUAAAGAGAUUUUAUCGUCCGUUAUAAAUAAGAGUAUCGCUUCGGGAAAUUCGGUGGAAGUUGUUGCCAAUGCUUUACAAGAAAAAUGUGGAUCAUUUUGCUCCACUGGUGAUGUUCUUAUUUUCAAAGCCAUUGAAAGCUUGAAAAAGGCCAAAGAUUAUAUGAAUAAUAAUGAUGGUGAGAUGAAAAUGAACUAUUUGAGGGCUGCCGUUAAACUAUUAACUGAGACCGCGGACUCGUUGUCGGAAGAGAUUAUUACUGAUUGUGUGAACAUAAUGCUUCAUCUAGAGUACUAUGAUGGUGCUGUGAAAUUUCUUUUAGAUGUGGCAAAUACAUCGAAACAAAUCAAGUUGAGUGAACACUAUGAAAAGGAUAUCUCAAGUCAGAUAUUGAAAGAUACAACUAUGAAAAAUUCGUAUGAACGGAGGUUAAAUAUAUAUCAGCUUAUUUUUCAAAUUUUGGCUGAUGUUGACAAGAAAGCGAUUUUGAGUUUAGAGAAAGCUUCAGAGAGCACACUCUCAUCCACGGUGGAUAUGAUAUAUUCUAGUGUGAAUAGCACUUCGGGGCAGAAAAAGUUGAACAAGUUUCAAACAAAUGCAGCGUUUAUGGAUGAAAAUGGAAGACUUAUUACACAAUAUUCGGAAAUUAGAGAUCGUUGUUACAAGGUAUGCGUUAGCUACGAUGAUAGAAUCUUUCACUACAGGUUUUAUGAGUGGUUCAUAGCAAAUGGUGUUGGUGAGCGGUUAUUGGAUCUUGAAACACCAUUCAUUCUUCAGUUUCUCAUUUCUUAUGGAGUGAGGGACCUUAAUAUUGCUAAGUUGCUUUGGGUUUAUUAUUCAAGAAGACAUAUGUACUUUGAUGCUUCAAAAGUUUUGAGAUCACUUGCGUUGUCGGACUUUGACCUUGAUCUACCAGCAAGAAUCGAGUUUCUUUCACGUGCAAAUGGAUUUUGUCGCUGUAUCUCGGCACAAGACUUACAUAAGGAUGUUGUCAUUCUCGCAUCUGAUAUUUCCGACCUUAUAAGCGUUUCAAACUUGCAAGAUGAGUUAGUUUUGACGAUUAAGGAAGAUACUAGAAUAAACAAUUUCGCCAAAAAAAAUGCCAUCUCGGUUCUGAACUCCAAAAUUUUGUCUGUGAGCGAUCUUUACAAUAAUUACAUUGAUCCAUUAGGUUAUUAUGAAUUGGGUCUUUUGACAUUUAAAAUUUCUGAUCAUAGAAAUGCUGAAGAUAUUCGAAGUAAAUGGGAAUCAUUAUUCGGGAAAUGGUAUUAUUUACAUCUUCAAAAGAAAGAUGCUGAAAAUGAACCAUUUUAUCAAAUUUUGUCUGGAAAUUUUGUUUUGGUGGGAUCAAAGUUGAGUAACACCGAUGUUCUGUUCCCAAUUAUGGAUAUAUUUGAGCUAUUGGCAAAAUAUAUGUAUAGUGAUGAAUUUUCGAAGAGGUAUAAUACACCAGCAGGAAGCAUUGUUGAUUGCUUUGUUGGAUCCGGAGUCCCUUACGAUAAACUGUACUACAACUUGAGGAAUAUUAUUGAGGCUACAACUUUCGAAGUCUUCAAGGGAUAUCUAAAAAUUCUCGACAAUGAAAUGUGUUAUCUCAUUAAGAGCUGGUAUAAAGAAGAUAAAACGCUUCGGGAUGCCAUUCCUGAUAGCAGCAUGAUAAGAACAAUGCAAUCUUAUUCGAUUAAGACUGAUCCCAUUUAUGAAUAUAUAAAAUCUGUUGGAAAGCUAGUGUAA